GGAGAACGUCACAGCGACGACAGGAGUGAUGGCGACGAGCAGGAAGAAUGUGCUGUCUUCUCUGGCCGUGUAUGUCGGGGAUUCGGAGCCGGAGCCGGAUAGUGAGGGGGAAGUGGACGAUGAGAUUGGGGGCUUGGUGUCCAGGUCGUAUGGACUGGGUGACCUAUCGCGGGUGGAAGAGGAUCGAUCCAACAAAGAUGACGAGUCAAGUCGGCAUUCUGAAGCGGACGUUUCAGAGAAUGACAAUCAGGAGACUGAUGAAACAAAGGAACAGUCAGAACUGGAGAAAAAAGAUCCCCAGGAGCUGGUGGCAUCCUUUUCAGAGAGGGUCCGAAACAUGUCUCCAGAUGACAUCAGAAUUCCUCCAGAACCACCCGGCCGCUGCUCUAAUAACCUGCAGGAGAAAAUUCACAAGUUGUAUGAAAGAAAGCUGAAAGAAGGGACAGACAUGAAUCAUAUCAUCCAGAAGAAAAAGGAAUUCCGAAAUCCCAGUAUUUACGAAAAGCUCAUCCAGUUUUGUUCCAUUGAUGAACUUGGCACUAAUUAUCCUAAGGAUAUGUUUGAUCCUCAUGGCUGGUCAGAAGAUUCCUAUUACGAGGCCCUCGCAAAAGCCCAGAAGAUCGAAAUGGACAAACUAGAAAAAGCGAAAAAAGAACGAACAAAGAUUGAGUUUGUGACUGGCACUAAGAAAGGUACAACUACCAGCGCACCGACUGGAACAACCAGCACCACAACUACAGCUACAGCAGAUGCUCAAAAAAGGAAAAGCAAGUGGGACUCUGCGAUACCAUUGACCACCAUUUCUCAGCCCACCAUCCUCACCACCACUGCCACAUUACCUUCUGUCGUCACAGUAACCACCAGCGCAAGCGGCUCAAAAACUACCGUCAUCUCUGCUGUUGGAACGAUUGUCAAGAAGGCCAAGCAGUGAUGCCACAAGCCGGGCUCCGGCGAUAGACUUGUACUUUCCUGACUCAGAGCUGCUCAAUAUUCACAAAACCAAGUUUACUGGAUGUGAAUCGCUGUGCUAGCAGCUCUAAAAGAUUUAUGCGGUGAGGGGGUAAUGAAUGGGAAGCCUGCAUUCCUUUCCCAUUAACGCCUCAGAAGCCCGAAUCAGUGUACAGUGUGUGAACGAUCUAUAGAAGUUUGUGUCUUCUUUUUAUUUCAAGACUAUUAAAUUCUUAGGGUUUUCUAUUUCA